AUGCAGGGUGGGACGUUUGGCGAAAACACGUACACAGCACGGUGGAGGAUGCAGCGUUCGCGAGCCCUCUCUUGCGAACCUAUCGGUUUCUCACGCCCCCUACCCCCUCCAGCACCACUAAAAAAGAAAUCUAGGGAAUGGGCUGAGGGGAUUGCUGGUGCCCCCCAGGAAUGGGUUGCCCUUCCUCGUGGGCAUACAGCCGCGCUUGACGCCAGCGAAACGCCUUGCGAUACUAAUUCCACUGCCCUGAACGACCAGCAGCAGCAGCAACAACAGCAGAGACGACAGUGGGAAGCACGUGCUCAAUCUUCUUCAGCUCCUGAACAAGCACAAACGCAACUCGCGGCACUGCCACAAAGCUGGACUGCGGCCAGAGACAGCGACAGAGGAUCUAUGCGGGUGCCCCCCGCCGCCUCUUCUGCUGUUAUUGCCACAUCCGAAGCUCGGCCUAGUCCUUCCUCCUCGACGAAAACUAGUGAGCCUUCCCGCUGGUCAAAUACACUGCGGCAGCGGCAGCAAACACAGCAAACAGAUAGAGAGAAAUUCACUAGCUCGAUGGCUAUAGUUGCACCCAAAGAGCCUUGUCCUAUGACAGCAGGGAGUACCCCAUGCAUACAGCCUACUGUUGCUGAAACGGCGAUGGGAACUGUUGCUGAAACGGCAGUGGAAACUGUUGCUGAAACGGCAGUGGAAACUGGUGCUGAGAAAAAGGAUUUUGGGAUGGCCUUUGAAGCCAUGCUGCUGUGGAAGUCGUGUCAAAGGCCACCCCUGAAGGGAGCCUGUGAGGCUUGCAGGAGACAGCCUGCGCGCAGUGCAGGUGCCUGCAUUCUCCGGAGGGUUCUUCAAGCAGCAAGCGUGCGAGCAGGAGCUGACACAGCACGACCACGUGCUUCUGCGACAACAGGGAGCUCGUGCAUGGCGUGCGCAUACUCGGCAUGUUUUAACAGCAACGCGACAAGCAUGAGCAGGGGAGAGAGAAUUCUAUUUCUCCUGCUUAGACUGAGGCCGUUCGCGCCUUUGCUCUUUCUAGCCGGCGUCAUUUUUUUGAUUUGUCUCCCGUCAUGGCCUCAUCCGACAGAAGUCGAAGAGCAUGCCUUCGUAUCUGGUCAGCAUGGAUCUGCUUUCAACGCUUCAAGAAAGACUCCCGCUGCCGAAACCGUCUUGCCUCUCGCAACGCUCGUGUACAUCAGACUGGAGGCUGCCACGGCUGCCGCUUGGCGCUCUCGAACGGCCACUGCCAGCUUGCCAUGCCUCUCGGGUUCCCUCCGCCCCUCCCGAUACCCCUUUCUCUACCUUCCCGACUCCUCAAAACACGCCACCAGCGGCACUCCGUCCACUGCCGCUGAUGCGACUCCUGCAUCGCCCCCCCCCAGGCGUCGUCUCGACCGCUGCUCGGAAAGAGCGCAUGCUCCCGCUGCGCUGCAAGAGCUGCAUGCCGUCUUCACAGCCCUCCAACUGGAGUCCGUCUUGCAGCCCUUCUACCUCGCAGAGCCUUUGGGGACGGCGGCGGCAACGGAGAUGCCGAUCGCAGCUGCCUCAACAGCAGCCACUCUACACUUCAACUUCGUCGGAGUCGCACGCAGCAGCAGGGGAGACGGUCGGGAAGCUGUUGUGCUCCCCUUUCUGUACGAUUUCCUCGAUCCCCCCGCGGCGCCUCCUGUCCCCUUCGAUUCUGCAGGUGCGGAGGAGCACUCCUCCACAACUGCAGACUCGACAGUCGUGGCGCGAACAGUGCAGCGUUUCCUCGAAGCAGCCAGCGUCGCAGGCGCAGCCCAAGCCGCGGCGCUCCCUGCAAAGGGCCUUAAAGCCUUAGACGACGUCGACUGGCUGAGCCUCCUGCAGCAACUGCCUCCUUUAGACACCUUCGCGGAGACUUUGCUCACGCAACACGGACUCAGAAUGUCGUCACGCGUUGCCGCAGCCGCAGCUGCUGCCCUUGCUGUACAACUGCACCAACAUUCGCCAUGGUUAGCCAAAGACGUCAUCCUCGUUGUUGCCGAUAGGCAGCUCCCCUACGCUGCAGGACUGCGUGCCUUUUCGGAGGAGUUUUUCAGAGGUCGCUCUCAUCCUCAUCAUAGCGUCAGCCUCGGAGUCGCUGCAGUUGCUGAAGCCGCUCUUGCGGCAGGCUCCCGCUGGACAGAUCCCCACGUCAUUCCGCGCAAACUCCGACAAGAACUGCUGCUGCUGCUGCAGGAGCAGCAACGCCAGCCACAUAGGGGCCUCCUGCUGCCUGACUACGGAGCUUUGAGCUUCAUGCAUGUCGAUUUUGAAGGAGCUGAUGGGCAGCUAGUGAAUGAAGACAUGGCUAACGUCGUGUUGCAGGAAGCGCGUGGCGAGUCUCUCUCUACGACCUUGCGCAGCUUUUGGGAGCAAGUGUCGCGGCCGUUGCUUGGUGCUGGUGCCCACACAAGCGUUGAGCCUCUUCUUCGGUGGCAACAGCAGCAGCAACAGCAGCAACAGCAACAGCAG